AUGCCUCCACAACUUCAUCAAACUUCACUUCCUUUUCUCAAUCCUCUACUUAGAUUCUCACCUCCUUCCUCACCUGAUAAUCCAAAACACCAUCGAGAAUCAAAGAUCACGAUGCCAAAAUUCACUGUGCGUAAACUCAUACCUCUUCUUAUCUUUCUUCUUUCAAGCCUCUCUGUUCUUCGACUCCUUCGGAUUUCUUUCAAGUCUUCAUCCUCUGUUUCUUCUCGGCCCUUCUCUUCCACCACAUUUCGCUCGAGUCCUGCUGAGUCCAGUCAACAGAUCAGGGCUAAUGCGAGCCAGAGAGCUCUCACGGAAAAGGAACUCAAGCUUUUAUCAGAUACCGUUACUCGUAGAUCCCCUUGCAACGUUCUUGUUUUCGGGUUUGCACCUCAAUUCCUCAUGUUAUCUUUGAUCAACACUAGAGGCAUUACCGUCAUUUUAGAAGAUGAGCCUGCAAAGAUAAUGACAUCAAAAGAUGAAGUGAAUCCCAACAACACAAGAAUCUACAGCUUGAAGUACCAUCAUAUGGAAGUGAAAAACGCUUACAAGCUACUUCGACAUGCCCGAGCUAACCCCGCAUGCGCACCAAAUAUGAAUAAUCAAGUUUCAUCAGACUGCAAACUGAAACUGAGGGAUUUGCCACAGGAAGUACACGACAUCGAAUGGGAUGUUAUCGUUGUUGAUGGGCCACGUGGGGAUGACUUAGAGGCGCCAGGUAGGAUGGGGAGUAUAUACACUGCAGCUGUGUUAGCAAGAAAAGGAAGAAGCAACUCAACAACAGAUGUUUUCGUGCAUGAUGUGCACAGGACUGUUGAGAAGUGGCUCUCCUGGGAAUUCUUGUGCCAGGAGAAUCAGGUUUCAGCUAAAGGAAAUUUCUGGCAGUUUAGGGUCAAGGGUCAAUCAAAUGCAUCUAGGUUUUGCUCACUAGAAACAGCCCUGAUCAGAUAUUAGCAAAAUUUUGUACAUCUAAUCCACUUCAGCGUCUUUGUCUCAUAAUAGUGUAGGAAAACAUAUUUUUCAAAUAAGCCACAUUCAAUGUAUAGUUGCUAUUAGAGUUUUGUAGAAAUGUUAUUCCAACUGUGUCCUAAGUAGAAAACGGAAACAGCUUGAU